AUAAGUAUAUGGAUGUGCUGCUGCUUUCGAUGAUGUCAUCUGCUACUUAUCUUUCCAUUCAUCUCGAACACAAGCUUUCCCAUCAUUAUCGUAGCCAUUACUGUUUAGACCUGCAUCUACACCGUUCCAGAGUUCGUUCUGGUGUCAACGCCAACACUUUGACGUCGUCGGUCAGCACUUCGACAAUCAGCAGUGGCUCGACGAUAGCACCUUCACAAGCACCUUCACUAGCUGCAGCCGUUCCGCCGCCACCUCCACCAUUAUCACUGCCAUCACAAUUUCCUCCUCUUGUAUCAAUUAGGGGUAAUUCGUUACCAUUGGAUUACGACAUGCCAUCAUACGGUCACGACAACAGUCAUCAUUAUAAUAAUAAUCAGCAUAUGCGGCAUAAUGGUCGCUCAGCGACUGGUAAAAAAGCUGCGAAUCCAGACUCGUACAAAACCGUGAUGUGCCAGGCUUGGCUUGAAUCAAAAAUGUGUGCAUUCGGUGAAAAUUGCCGAUUUGCACAUGGAGAAGCAGAACUUCGACCUGUUAGAUCAGUACCGUGCCAAAUAAACAAGUACAAAACGAAACUCUGCGACAAAUAUACCACAACAGGUUUGUGCCCAUAUGGAGAUCGCUGCCUGUUCAUUCAUCCAGACCAUGGAACCAAUGCUUACAUCAGACCGGAUAAGUUGGUCGAGGUCUCGCGUCGUCAUGCAUUAGCUGACAUGCAAUUCCUAGCUUCGAUGGAAGCAGCUCGUGCCGUGACUCCACCUAACCUCGGUCAAUUACCCGGACAACUGCCCGGUCAGCUACCCGGACCACUACCCGCCCAACUACCCGGUCUACCCGGCCAACUACCCGGACAACUGCCCGGACAACCUCAUCCAGCUUUUCCGCCUAUGAUACCACCACCGCCACCAGUAUUCUCAAUGCGCAAUACA